GAGCAAUAUCUUUUGUGUCUGGAAAUCCGCAACAGCUGAUUUUGACAGCUUUCUUACGGCGGUUGUUUACGUAGAGAAACAAUAACAAAGCUGAUUUACCAAAGUGUUGUCGCCAUGAAUGGUGUCGCGAGAGGAAAGUUAGGAAAACUUUUACUAACGAAAAAGGUUACCAAUGAGUCUAAGCAGCAAACUGUUGCAAACUCUAGUGAUGAAGUUGAAAAUAGUUUGUCUCCUCAACAAAGUGCACCCAAGGCGAACAAACAAGCAGCUGUUGUGGAGGAUCUACACAUGAAGGAGCCAGAGUCGUCUGACAGCGAAUCCGAUGCAAGCAGUGUUGGCGAUCAUCUCGUUGAUCCGAGUACGAUAAAUCUGGAUGAAACGUUCUUUUCGCAAACGUUUCGGGGUCAAUCUAUCCAGGAUGCUUACACUAGCAUGUACGGUGAAGCAUCUGAACUGUCUGAAUCUGAACAGGAAAAUGCUAUUACCAUUCAGGAGGAAGAACAAAUGAAUCAAAUAUUGACACAGGUAUCCGAUUACGAUAGGAUGAUAAAAGAAGUUAACGUAUGUAAUGAAGCACUUGAAUGUCGAAGGAAGGAAAUGGAAAUGUUGCAACAAACGCAGACGGACGAUCACGAUGUUCCGUUCCUGCUAACCCAAACAGAGGAUGUUCUAGAUGAUCCGCGUGCAAGAGACGAUCGGGACUGGGAACGUGUAGUUGAACCGCAUACUGAAAGUGAGAAGAGAAACAACAUCGAGAUCUUAGUUUGUAGCAGCAUGCCAAAGACCCGACGUGUGCUCGAUGCAACCGAAAAGCGAAAGCGUUUAGAGCAGGAGUUUAAGAGAAAAUUGUUCCUAAACACACACAAAACGCAUCUGCUACUACUGAUCGCGUAUGGCAUUAGGAUUAAUCGGACAGUCAAUCAUAGCAUUACUCAAUGUGCCUCGGAACUGUAUGAGCUGAUUGGGAAUAGUGAAAUUACCAUGGGCGAAGCAGUGAGUCUGGAUUUUAUCCAAUCUGUAACGGCACACUAUAAAACUGUGAUGAAGCAUACCAAAAAUGUUACGCGGAUCAUCAACCGGCGUGAUGCCUUUGAAUGUCAGCUUGCUGCGCGUGAGGUAACUUCACGGCAAAUGCUUAACCUUAUUCUACUCACUCUGUUACGUUUUCUAAGCGUUCGCGCAAGAUUGGUAAUGAAUUUGGACGUGGUGCCGAAACAUCCACCUGCUGUUAAACCUACACCAAAGGAAACAUGUCCCAAUGCACCAUCGGAAAACAUCAACGGUGCGCCACGGUACGGGAACGUUCCACUUACAACAACGGAAAUACUAAAACGUAAACCGGAAAUACAGAAAAUGUUUCAAUUGUCACAGCUUGAUGGUGCCGAUGAUGAGACAAUAUCGCACAAGAAAGCACGCUUAGAGCGUGUCCCCACUAAACCCCGGUUGGGGAAAUUGAUCUCUUCUUCCGGUGUACAAAAAGCUACCAACGGAACGAGCAAAAGAUUAGCAGAGAAUAACACAAACGGGGAACAAAAGGCGUUAAAGCUGAUAUCUUCUAAAUAUUUUCCGAAAAAGCACGCAAAUGUCCAAAUGAUUGGCGAACGCGAGAAUAGAAAAACCUGCACUGGAAUGCCAAAUUUAUCAACCCUUCGCAAGAAACCGGCGGGGAAAGAUGAUCAAAUAUCAAGAGAAAUUGUACAAAACUUAUCAUCGUCCAAAUAUUUUAGAAAAAAGCGUGCGGUAGAACAAACAACGGCGGCACAUAAUCAUAAGAGUACAAUUAAUGAAUUGCCCAAGCUUGCCAAACUUCGACAUCAGUCAUCAUCAACUGCAGUCGAGAGUGUGAAGAAAACGGAACAUAAAUAUCGGAUACCUGAGCUCGAUACUUGGAUUGAAUGCUACCUUGAAAAGGAACGCCGUUGGACCGUAGUGGAAGCAGGGCUAGCAAGUACCGAUUGUCUAGAUGCUGUGAUAGAUCGCAUUCUUGCGCCUCCCUUGUAUGCCUUUGCCUGGGAAGCGGAUGGAACCAUCAUCGAUGUAUCGCCACGUUAUCGAUGGCGCAAUGAACAGCUCGCAUUAAAGAACCGAGUCGAUGCGAAAUGGCUUCAAAAAGCGCUUGCUCCGUAUCGACCACGUUUGCUGGGCGAAGCACAUUUCCAGGAGCAGUACGAAUUUCGGCAGCUUAAACUUCGUGCACCGAGACCAACCACAAUUGCACAAUGCAAAAAUCAUCCCUCGUACUGUUUGCACAGACAUUUGCAAAAAUUUCAAGCAAUCUAUCCUCCGGAUGCACCUCCGUUGGGUUUUGUGCAAGGAGAACCACUUUAUGCCCGGGAAUGUGUGCAUACUUUACAUUCGCGUGAGGUUUGGCUACGGCACGCGAAAGUUAUACGAAUUUUCGAGCAACCGUAUAAAAUUGUACGCACCAAACUGAAGCGCCAACCGGCCGAUCUGGAAUUGUUUGGCUACUGGCAAACGGAAGAAUACAUCCCACCGGAACCCGUCAAUGGUAUUGUGCCGCGCAAUGCUUAUGGAAAUAUAGAAAUCUUCAAAGAAUGUAUGCUACCGAAAGGCACGGUACACCUGAAACAUUAUGGAUUGUCGUACGUUUGCCGCAAGCUUGGAAUUGACUAUGCCGUUGCAGUGGUUGGCUUUGGAGUGCACGCCGGAGGUAAUCAUCCCAUAUUCGAUGGCAUUGUGAUAUGUGCAGAACAUCGGGAUCGUUUGCUGGAGGCUUGGCAGCGGCAUCAGGACGAAGCGGCACAGAAAAAGAUAGAAAAGAAGCAACAUACGGUGCUAAAGAAUUGGGUGAAGCUGGUUAAGGGAUUGCUGGUGCGAAAAAGACUGAAACACAAGUAUAACUUCGAAGGAAUGUAGGAAAUUAUGUUGUUGAAAUAAAAUUGUUUUGUCAUAUAAUGAAACAGACUGGAAAAUUGAUUGAAAAAUAUAUUAAGAACUACAUAAUAUCUUUCAUAAUGAUCUACAUCUAAAGGAAGGUAGAUACGCAGGGAUAAGUGUCGACAAGGGUUCUCCAAAUAAGCAAGAAUUCUUUAAAGUUUGUAACCCUGUUCAACCAAUUUGAAAUAAAAAUAGUGCAAAUGUGACAACGGAUUGGUCAAUGUUUUGUUUAUCGCCAAUUUACCAAUCCUAAAAGCGAGGCCACUCUAUAGUAAUGUUGGCCAAACCUCAUGCGUAGAAGAAAUUCCACAAAUCUUGCAUUUUGUACUUAAUGAAGUCUUCCGGUUCAUGGAU